GUCAUCAUACUGCAGGUCUACAUAUAUAUAUGCCUGACAUCCGUUGGGACAUAUUUAGUGGAAUGGGACAAAAGGAUCGGGUUGUCUACGUUGUACUGACCACCCUGACUCGCAGCCUCUUUGGUGAUCAGCAUUAAGGACAACGACAACCUGGCAGCGCGUCUCGCCGUGGAGAUGAGGGCCGACCUGCUAAUUGUGCUCUCUGAUGUGGAAGGCGAUUUGCUGAUAAAAGGACAGAAGAAGGUCAUCUUGGAGGACGACAGCACCCGGCUGGAGUGUGUCUACUCCAACAAAGCAUACGACAUCAGCAAAGUCCAAUUCGAAGUUUUCUCUGAGUGGCUCCAGCUUUGGCAGCCGGUCACGCAGUCCUCUUGGAGCCCGUACUCGCUGGAGGUGGAGCGAGCCCAGGACAGGAUGGUGCUGAAGAUCCCCCGAGCGUCCAGCUUCUCCGAGAGCCUCUUCCGCUGCGUUUCCAGCGACGAGACGCUGAAGGGCUCCAACAAAACCUCCGAGAACCUCUCCUUCAAAGUACACUAUUUAAGGGAGCCGCAGCUGUUCCGAGUGGGCCUUGGCAGAUUGUUCAGCCUCCAACAGCAAAUCAAAGUGCGGCGCGGGGACGACGUGGCGCUGAAAUGCUACGCCAGCUCCUCGGAGGAACCUACCUAUUAUUGGUUCAGGGAGGGUGACGACUGGCUGCUGCCUUCGCCUCUGCUGAGUUUGCGAGGAGUGAAGGCCUCCGAUGCGGGAGUGUACGCCUGCAAGGCCGAACAUCCCUCCGUGCCGCACAGACGCUCGCACAACGUCAGCGUCGUCGUUUUGCCUGAGGAUGCUCGUUGGUACGAGUCCAACGCCAACCAUGUUAUACUGAUGACCACACUGGCAGCGCUGGUCGUUGUCUCGGCUCCCAUUCUCAUCUUGACCCAACAUUACUACCGCAGGUAUAAGAAGGCCAAGGUCAACAAAGGACCCAUCGAUGACCACUCGCAGAUCUCGCCCAUGUAUGAAAUGUCUUGUCUGCAGCAAAACAGUGAGGAACAUUCCCUUCUAAACCAACGCGUGUGACGGCGCUGCGAAUGGAAUGGAAAUGGAUUGGCAAAAGAUGGAGUGUGUGGCCAGAGAGCGAGGCUAAAAGGGAGAGCAGAAAUACUCCGAAAAGAAAAGCAAUGCUCUGCAGAUGCCUACUUUUAGACCAUUUAGCUUUUAUGCGGCAUCUACUUGACUGUCAAUGCUCACUCGAAACCGCUUGGGCUGAUUAUCUUGUGUGUGCACUUUUGAGAAGGCUCGUAUUUAUUUGCUGAGCCAGCAUUACUGACCUAGUGGCUAGAGUGUCCGCCCUGAGCAUCGGUAGGUCGCGAGUCAUACCGAAGACUAUAAAAAUGGGACCCAUUGCCUCCCUGAUUGGCACUUAGCAUCAAGGGUUGGAAUUUUGGGGGUUAAAGCAUCAAAAAUCAUUCCCGGGCGUGGCCAUUGCUGCUGCUCACUGCUCCCCUCACCUCCCAGGGAGUGAACAAGGGGAUGGGUCGAAUGCAGAGGACACGUUUAACCACACCGAGUGUGUGUGUGACAAUCAUUGGUACUUUAA